AAGACACUAUGACAAAGAGAACGAGGUACCGGGACUGGAGAUGGCAGGCUCUGUGGUGGCAUCAUUUCUUUCUCUUGUGGAAUACAAUAGACGGACAGGCUCGCUACACUAUCCCGGAGGAACUAAAGCAGGGCUCCGUGGUCGGACAUUUAGCCAAAGAUCUGGGUUUGGGAUUAUCAGAGAUUUUCGACCGUAAACUGCGCGUCGCCUCGGAGGCUGGUGAGCAGUAUUUCAGCGUGGACACGGGGAAGGGCGAGCUGGUGGUGAACGAGAGGAUAGACAGAGAGGCGUUGUGUGGACAAAGCGCGAGUUGUGUUUUACCGCUUCAGGUUGUCGUGGAAAAUCCGCUGCAGUUGCAUCGGAUAGAGGUGGAAAUCAGAGACAUCAAUGACAACUCUCCUCGUUUUGUUAUAAACGAACUUGCAUUUGAAAUAGCUGAAUCUACUGUCGUCGGUGGUCGUUUUCCGCUGGAAAGUGCGGAGGAUCAAGAUGUAGGAACUAAUGGAUUGAGGACUUAUGUUCUUAGUAAAAAUGAUUGUUUUAGUUUAAAAAUGAAACAAAUCGAAGACGGGAGGAAUGUCCCGGAGCUGGUGUUAGACAAACAGCUUGAUCGAGAAACAAAGUCCGUACACCAGUUAUUACUGACGGCCUUGGACGGGGGAAAUCCGGUAAAAUCGGGAACAGCACAAAUAACCAUAACUGUACUUGAUAUUAAUGACAAUAACCCUAUUUUCCAAACGUCUUUGUAUAAGGUGGCAGUUAGGGAAGAUAUUGCAAAAGGGACGUUAAUUGUUAAAACUCAAGCGAGUGACCGAGACGAGGGGCUAAAUGGAGAUGUUGAAUAUUCCUUUGGAAAACACACUCCGGAAAACGUUUUAGGAUUAUUUGAUAUCAAUUCUGUUACAGGGGAAAUUUUCUUAAAAGGUAUAUUGGACCAGGAAACUGCCGUAACGUAUCGAAUAGACAUAAGUGCCAAAGAUAAAGGCACCCCCAAAAUGGAGGGUCAUUGUCGUGUUCAGGUUGACGUUCUGGACGUUAACGAUAACAGCCCAGAGGUGAUCCUCACCUCUGAGCCCAACGACGUGCCAGAGGAUGCCCCGAGUGGCACGGUCGUGGCUUUGCUUAGUGCACGUGAUCUGGACUCCGGCGACAACGGUAAAGUGACGUUAAAACUCCCCGUGGGUUCGCCGUUUAGCCUCAAACCCUCGUUCUCGAAUAAUUAUGCUUUAGUAACCAAUGGCGUUAUAGACAGAGAAAUCAUGUCGGUUUACAACAUUGAGAUAACCGCAACAGAUGGAGGUUCCCCUUCUCUAAUCAGUAGAAAAAUAAUACCUGUUAAAAUCUCUGAUAUAAAUGACAAUGCACCUGUAUUCAGUCAACCCUCAUAUAAUGUCUACAUAGGAGAAAAUGGAAGAGCAGGCACCAUAAUAUAUUCGGUAUCGGCCUCUGACUUGGAUUUGGGAGACAACGCCAAGCUGUCCUACUCCAUCCUGGACUCAAAAGUGCAGGACGUGUCUGUGUCCUCCUACGUCUACAUCAACUCGGAGAACGGCAGCAUCUACAGCAUGCACUCCUUUGACUAUGAGAAACUGAAGGUGUUUCAGAUUCAGGUGCAGGCAAAGGACCACGGUUCUCCGUCUCUGAGCAGCAACGCUACUGUUCAUGUUUUUAUUCUGGACCAGAACGAUAACGCCCCCUCUGUUAUCUACCCCUCCUCCGCUGUCCACGGCUCCCUCUCUCAGCAGAGGACGUCCCGCUCCUCCAAAGCAGGCCACUUGGUUACCAAGGUAACAGCUGUAGAUGCCGACUCGGGGCAUAACGCCUGGAUCUCCUAUAGACUGGCAGAGGCCACAGAUGCCUCUCUGUUCGCUGUCAACCUUUACACAGGGGAGGUGAGGACUAAACGGGCUGUGUCUGAGCAGGACGACUCCUCUCAGAGACUGCUCAUAGAGAUUAAGGACGACGGGGAUCCGGUUCAGUCCACCACCGUCACCGUGUCCGUCCUGUUAGAGGACGGUCUCCACGAGCCCAUUCUGGACCUCAGACACAAGACGGACGAUUCUCACAAGAAAACGGGGAGAAUGGCUCUGUAUCUGAUCCUCUCCCUGGCCUCAGUGUCUGUGCUCUCUCUGGUGACUUUCCUCAUUCUAGCUGUUAAGUGUCUUAAGAGCAGCAGAAGCAGUGGUAGCUGCUGCAUGAGACGGAGCGACAGUGAGGACUACAAGAACCCCAACAGAAACCUCCAACUCCAGCUCAACACUGACGGGCCUAUCAAGUACGUGGAGGUCCUGGGAGGAGACAUGAUGUCUCAGAGUCAGUCCUUCAGGUCCUGUCUCUCUCCCACGUCAGAGUACAGUGACUUCACCUUCGUUAAACCCAGCAGCACCACAGACUUCAAAGACAUGAUCAACGUCUUAGACGCCUCUUUACCUGACAGCACCUGGACCUUUGAGAGCCAGCAGGUGAGAUGAAUAUAACUCAAAAUA